AUGACUUCCAUAUCAAUUAAUUUUUCUGGGCUGGGCUAUUUAAGAUCGAACUCAAAAGGUGUAGAUGCUCGAGGGCCUCUAUCAAGAUCAACAAUCAGACGCAAUUCUCACAAUACAAUGGCAAGAACACUUCGCAACGGGCCAGCUUUCUCGGAUCCCUCAGUGACUGUGGAGCCGAUUCAAUUCAAGCUAUUCAAUUCAGGGGACGUAGCUACUGCAUUCCCUGUUUUUUCGGCUGAGGAUCUUCCCGAUUCCUUGGUUGACUACAUGCAUCAAGAGUUCAAUAAGAAUGUCGAUGCAGGCCAGACUUACCCCCACAUGCAACUCAUGAACAGAGAGGAGUUUAUCGACUACUGGCUCCACUCUUUCUGCGCUGUCGCGCUGAAGACAGAUAAGCUGGUUAUAGGCCCCGAAUGGAAUGACUGGGAAGAUCGCUUCCUGGGGACGUUUUUCGUCAAGCCCAACUACCUGCCACGCUGUUCACAUAACUGUAACGGUGGAUUUUUAGUGAACUCGUUGCAGCGUGGCCAGGGGAUUGGAUAUCGCCUGGGCCAGGUCUAUCUGAGCUGGGCUCCCUUGCUAGGGUACACAUACUCCGUAUUUAACCUUGUUUUCGUGACGAAUGUAGGCAGCUGGAAGAUCUGGGACAAACUGGCCUUCGACAGGAUCGGUUAUCUCCCAAAGGCGGCCAUUCUAAAGGGUUUCGAACAGCCAGUAGAUGCCAUCAUGUUCGGCAAAGACCUGACGAAUGUCGAACCACGUCUUUUGGCAGAUCUGCAUGUUUAG